AUGUCAGAACUGAAAAACGGACAACCCAAGCUCAGGGUUGCUGUUGAAGGAUGUGGUCACGGGACCCUACAUGCCAUCUAUGCAUCUGUGGAGGAGUCAUGUCGGAUCAAAGGAUGGGACGGGAUAGAUGUUCUCAUUAUUGGAGGCGACUUUCAGGCCGUUCGGAACAAGUAUGACCUCAAUGUUACUGCAAUGCCAGCAAAAUACCGUAAAAUGGGGGAUUUUCACGAAUACUACAGUGGGGCACGAAGAGCCCCCUUUCUUACAAUCUUCAUUGGCGGCAAUCAUGAAGCCAGUAACCACUUGUUCGAGCUGUAUUACGGCGGUUGGGUUGCUCCCAACAUCUAUUACAUGGGCGCAGCUAACAUCCUCCGGCUUGGCCCUCUUCGGAUUGCGGCACUUUCAGGCAUCUGGAAAGGUUACGACUACCGUAAACCCCAUUUCGAGCGGGUGCCCUACAAUGAACCCGAGUCAGUGUCAAUCUUCCAUGUUCGCGAGUUGGACGUGAGAAAAUUGCUCUCUGUCCGAACUCAGGUAGAUGUUGGUCUUUCGCACGACUGGCCGCAAGGAAUCGAGUGGGAAGGUAACUUCCGUUGGCUCUUCAACAAGAAGGAUAGGUUUGAGGCGGAUGCGAGUGAGGGCAGACUUGGAUCAGUUGCGGCUAGACAAUGCUUGGACCGGCUGCGUCCGAAUUAUUGGUUUUCUGCUCACCUCCAUGUCAAGUAUACAGCCACGAAGCAGCAUGGUGAUUACGACAGUGUCGGUCCAUCACAAGAAAAACGUCCACGUCAUGGGACCCCUCUAUUCGAGCCAGCAGCAUCCCGAGUCGAUACACAACACAACCCUGAAACCACUAGCAAUCUGUCAGAAUCACACACCACCUCUUCACAACAAGACAACUACCAAAGGGGACCUCCGGACCAGAUUGAAAGACCGGCAGAUGGCAUCUCAACUCUAUCAAGUCCGUUAGCUCGGGGGAAAUCCAGUCCCCAGAUUAAUAGUACGUCAAAGACACCAGAACAAGUUCAAGUGUCUGCUUGGCAGAAUUUUCAAGUCGAAGGCGUCAGAGCCGAGGCUCAAGACACCGAGCUCCGCCUCCAAGAGCAGAGAGAACGAACAGCAGAAGAAGAGCGCACUGGGGUUCGGAACCGUCCUCAUUACACAUUCGAUGAGACCUGGAAACAGGUCCAGAUUGAUGAUCGUAUUGAACGUGGCAUCACAUCAGUGUCCAAAACAGUUAGAUUGCCUGGUGAAGACACUAACAUGGCAAACCUCGAUGGUUGCAUUGAAUCAAAGUUGAAGCGGCGGAGAUCAACAUCCUCAGAGGACAGGGUUAAGAAAGGCCAUAAAGUCCCCCCAUCAAAGCCAAGAUCUGUUCAGGCUGGUCAGCUUGAUGGACAAGUACCCGCUCCAGCCAUUAAUGGAAAUAACAUGACCAGCAAUGUCGAUGAAAUCGAGAUAAAUAUAAGUGAUAGUUCCUCUGAUGAGAUCGGAUCUGGAAAGGAGCUCCCACGUACAAAUUCAAUCAGAAUUGUUCCAGCUGAUGUUGAGGAUGGUGUCCCUUUUCAGCCAACUCGCCAAAUUCCUAACAAGAGGGCGAAACCCGAAGUCGUGAUGUCAGAUGAUAGCGACGAGGGAGGAGUGAAGCUCGAUCCUACCUCACCGCCUUUCGUGCCAAAGGCAAGAAGUUCUUCUCAAUCAGCUCUUGUCGAGGAGGAAUUAAGAGACGGCACGACCUCUAAAGCGGAUACCGAGGAAAGGGAGGAGGAAAAGGUAUCUGAAACCAUGCGAGCACAGCUAGCGGAACUUUCUAGCACGUUUGGACCUCCACCUAGUCAGCAACCAGUCUCUGCGUCAUUACCGCUUCCAAAGAGUAUUGCAAACACCACAACUCGAUUCCUUGCACUAGACAAAUGCGAACGUGGACGAGACUUUCUGCAGCUUCUUGAAGUCGAAUCAAUAACUGAGCAGCCAUGUCUGCCUAAUGCCCAACCGUACAGACUUCAAUACGACAAAGAAUGGUUGGCCAUUCUUCGAGUUUUUGCACCAGAACUCGAGCUUGGUGGUGAUCCAAACAGCAAAGUACCGCCAGACAGGGGUGAUACAUACUAUCGCGACAGAAUCAUCGAAGAAGAAAAAUGGAUCGAGGAGCAUGUGGUACUCCCUAACAGGCUCACAGUGCCUGACAACUUCACCAUCACAGCACCAGUAUACGAUCCAGACGAAAGUGUUUCUCCUUCAGACAAGCCUCAUGAAUAUACCAAUCCCCAGACGAGCACAUUCUGUGAGCUAAUUGGCAUUGACAAUAAAUUUGAAAUUAGUGAAGAGGAGCGGGAAAAGCGCAUGGACCAAGGUCCUCGCCCGGUGGACAGAAAUUUCUCGCGUGGUGGUCGUGGUGGUGGGAGAAGCAGCAAGGAUGGUGGCUCUACUGGUCGAGGCCGAGGAGGUUACAAUGUCAACCGGCUUCAGCUGAACGGUGCAUGCGCGGGAUCAAAGGAAUUGCAAACCUUGCGCUUCCUGCUGGGCGCAUUGAUUCCAUUCAGAGCCAUCGCACAGACCCAAGGCAUCCUCUCUGGUGGUGGCAACCGAGCUCGAUGGUGGCUGGAUAGGCAUAAGCUUGUCGAGAAGAUGAGCGCAUUCGUGCGAGUUUCUGGUCGACCAAACACCAACUUCUUGGUCGGAUACCCAGGCAUCUCAGCUACUCUACCACGCAUCGAAGGCACCGUCGAGAUCCGACCCAAUGCAGGGAUUACGGCUCCUGCCCAUGUAUCACUCGUCACGGUGUCUCUCCAACGACGGGAGACGAUUCACCCCUCUGCAGAAUCAAUAACAAAAAAACACCUGGCUGCGCCAAGGAAGGAGAUCACAGAUAUCGUGGGGAAGGAAAUGCUGCUCUUUCGAUGUCCUGCGGGCAAAGAAUACGAGGAGAUAAUGUCAAUGGACCUGCCAUUCGUCAUCUUCAUCCCUUUCGGUAGAGGCGCACAGGAGACGGCUCGAAGAGUACCACCUGCCAGUCUACAAUUGCCCAAAAGGUCAGCUGAAACAUAUUACGAAAUGGUCGUGCUGCUGCAACAGGGACAUUCGGAACAGAAGAAAUACGCUUUUCCUGUACCUAUAGCAAGAUACGACACUCUGUCCACUUUCGGGAUGUACAAUAAACCAGAGGUGGGCGAGGCCAGGUCAGACUCACUGCUCACACUGAGCAUUACUUUACCACGAUGGUCGUAUGGCCCCCUCGAUCCUGUCAGCGUUCGUGUCAAAUUGUCGCCAAACCUGGAUUGGAUGAGCAGGGCGAGAAAGGUCACGAUACAAAAGCUUACAUAUGGUAUCAACGAAGAAGUUAUCUACAAUCAUGAAGGAGAUGAGCCACAACGCAAAGUGAAGAGUAUGAAACGCAAGACAGAAGUUAUAGGCAUCAAGGUGCCCGAAUCAGGCCAUUCGGUCAACCUGGGUCUGCUGUUUCCUUCGAAGGAAAUGAGGGAUGGAGAUGGCAUAAUACCGAGAGGGAAGGCUGCUUUUCCGAAUUUUGCUGUGCAAAGCUUCACCACCACAGCAGGUCUGUACAAGGUUGAAUACUACUUGUAUGUGAAGGCCCAUCUAUCAGGGGCCAAAGAUAUUGAACUUAAACAGCCCAUUGUGGUCUGUCCGCUUGACCAUGCUAGCUGCAAGGCGGAGAUGGACGCUAUCGAACAAGCAGCCAAAGACGCAGCACACGUCAAUGCCGAAAAUCCAAUGCUGCCACUUGCGACGAUUAUACGGGCCGGAUUUGCGCUGCUCUACCAGGACCUCACCUCCCUCUACCACAACCUCCAGCUCCAGCUCCGCCUCUACCCCGACCUCCUGUCCCAAGCCCGCCUCUACCUAGAGCUUCACGACCUCGACCUCGACCUCGACCCCGACCUGCGCCUCCUUGAGCUCCUUGGCCUCCACCCACUUCCAACUCUGGCCCUAGCUGCAAAUCACCCUCGGCUGGAAGCGAAUCCAGAAGUUCCCACCUCUGAAACCGUCUAG